CACCGGCUCCUGACGGCGGUGAGGAUGCGGACUUCUUCUCUGGUCGUGUGCUGCUGCGUCUUGGCGCUGCAAUGCCUCCCGAGCAUGCUUUGCCUUCCUGUGCGGGGAUCCAGCAGGUACAAAGUGGCACCGGUCUCUGAAAAGUUCCCCGACUUGAAGAAGAGGGGAAAGGUUCCUCACGCUCAGGACUUGGUGAAGGAGCCGGGUUUGCCAACCAACACAUCUAACACGUGGAACCGACCUCGCUGCGGUGUGCCAGACUUCCCAGCCCAGAAGGGGGUGCAUUAUCGGGGGCGCCAGAGACGUUUCGUCCUGUACGGAGGCCGACUGGAGAGGAAUGACCUCACCUACAGGAUCGUCCGGUUUCCCUGGCAGAUAAGCGAGGACAAGGUUCGGCGAGUCUUUCGGGAGGCCCUGAAAAUCUGGAGUGACGUCACCCCGCUCACCUUCACCGAAAUCCACAGCGGGAAGGCCGACAUCCGCAUCGACUUCACCAGGUACUGGCACGGAGACAACCUUCCCUUCGACGGCCCGGGUGGGAUCCUCGCUCACGCCUUCUUCCCCAAAACGCACCGACAGGGCGACAUCCACUUCGACUACGAUGAGUCGUGGACCCUCGGAAACCACAUGGGCACAGACCUUCUCCAGGUUGCUGCCCAUGAGUUCGGGCACGUCCUCGGCCUGCAGCACUCCCGAGAGCAGGGAGCCAUCAUGUCCGCAUACUACUCCUUCUCUUACCCGCUGAGACUGAGUGAGGAUGACAAGCAAGGCAUCCAGUACCUGUAUGGGGCUCAUCCGCAAGUCGUACCCUCACCGCCGCCCCCGCCUCCACCGCCAUCCAACCCAGAGACCAAUGAGAUUGUCACUAGUCCUGAUGCCUGCCAGACGGACUUUGAUGCCGUGUCUAUGAUCCGGGGGGAGCUGUUCUUCUUCAAGUCGGGCUACGUUUGGCGGAUCCGGGACGGGCAUCUGCAGAGCGGUUACCCGGCGCUGGCAUCUCGUCACUGGAGGGGGAUUCCAGACAACAUCGACGCCGCCUUUGAAGACAAGUCGGGGAAUAUUUGGUUCUUUCAAGGUGAGAACUACUGGGUGUUUGAUGCUGAGAUGCAGAUCCGAGGGCCAGAGUCCAUCAGGCGUCUGGGUCUGUUUGUGUCCGGCAUCCAGGCGGCGCUGCGCUGGGGCCACGACUCCAACUACAACACCUACUUCUUCAAAUCAGGCAGCUACUGGAGGUUCAGCCCCCGCGAGAACCGGGUCGAGUCUGACUACGCACGCAACAUGCAGGACUGGAGCGGCAUCCCCAACGAUGUGGACGCUGCGUUCAGGGACAUAUACGGCUAUGCUCACUUUAUCCAAGGACGACAGUACUGGAAAUUUGAUCCUGUUGGCAUGAACUCUCUGGAGGGUUACCCUCGCUACGUGGGCAUGGAUUUCUUCGGCUGUAGAAACAUUUGA